AGCUUUGCUGGAACAUCAUCAACAAAGUGUUUGUGAUAACUUCCCCAUUGUUAAACUGGCCUGCUCUGACACUACAGUCAACAAUACUUAUGGACUUGUUUACAUGUUUACUAUCCUCAGAGUGUGUUUCUCUGGCUCCAAACAGACCAGACAGAAAGCUCUCAGCACCUGCACACCUCACCUUGUUUCCCUGCUUAACUUCUCCUUCGGGGGUUUCUUUGAAAUAAUACAGAGCAG